CGACCCUGUUCGGAAAAGUAUCUUCCAAUGCUACAGUCUCCUCCACGGCAUUGCUACAUCUACUUCAUGAUCACUCAUGAUGCUGCUGUUGACUAUACCCGGAUCUUUGCUGCAGUUUACCUUCCGUCUGGUAUGGCCUACUCUGAGGCCCUUGGUGAGGUUAAGGUUUAUGUCUGUGGGACAGAGCCGGAACAACAAGUCACUGAUACGAGUGUUGACCGCAUCUUCCGAGAGUCUCUGUUGGGAGCCAUUGGAGAGGCUAAUGCGGCGGCGUUGGAUCGUAUAGGCCCGGCUCAGGCAGAAUAUCCGGACACUCCUGCUCAGCUACAAGGUCUUCUAGAGCAGCAGGUCUCCACUUGGCAAAGACGGCAUGGCGCUAUGAUCACUGUGGUGACGACUAACGCUGAAGACCUCCGUCGUAUGUCGCCGCCCUUCGUGCCCAACGAGUCGAUCAUUAUGCGAACACCGAUGGGCCCGGCUGAUGCCAGCUUCCCUCCUAUAGACUGGGUUCGUUGGAAUCUACGACGAUGGGCUAAGCGUUUGCCGAGACUUCAAGGAUGGUUCAAACACGACAGGUUGUCGUUGGCACGCCUCAGUGGAGUGCCGGUCUGUUCCCUCCCCCCUGGUCACGAUGAAGCUAUCUCCGCAGCUUGGGAUGUCAUUUUCGCAAGGAGUGCCAAGGAGCAAGGCUUGGUCCUCAACACUACCCCACAGGAAGAGGUCGAUCGAGUGGACCUGGCUGAGACCUCAGAACUGCUCCUAGAACCCAAGACUGGCCGGCCUGAUCUCGGGGACAUAGCGGAGAUCAACAACCCAGGCAUUUACCGUUCCGUAUGCCUUAGUAUUGAUCUACACAGUACAGUGUGUACCACAGCUCUUGUCAAAGCUCAACAGCUCUCUGAUCUAUUUGGGGGUGAGCUUUCUCGCCAGCGUGGAGUGGUAACGUCCGGUGGAGCCCUGGGAGGGACCGCAGCGGAGUCGCCGGAGUACAUCGAGACGGGCUUGACUGAUCUGAUCGAUAUCAACGCUGGUAUACCAGCAGUAGCAGAUGGAGGGGAUAUUUCGGUCUCAUCAACGAAGUCCUUCACGUGCCUGAUACGUACGGUGGAGAAGCUAUAUUCGCGAGGGAGAGCAGCGGAGGCGAAGUUGAUGAAAUUGCUGGAAGAACCCGAGAACGAUGCCGACAGGCUUCGGCGAGAGCAGCAGAUAGCAGACGGGUCUUAUGCCGAAACAGUCAGCGCUCUCGAAUGUGAGUUGAAGCAAACCCAAAGCUUGCUGGAUGGCCUCUUCCCUUGGGUCUGCGACUCGGCUACUUGCAGUAGGGUCCUCCAGUUUAUGUCGUUUGUACUACGUCUACUGGUGUCCGAGCUUAAACGUUCCGCUGGAAGCUUAGAGAUAGUGUAUAUAUCGGUCGGUGAUGUUACUAGAGUGUGGAAGGGCAUGCAGAGUGUUGUGGUGAACCAUCCCAUCCUACAGCCCCUCGCUGUGGUCUUUCAGGAUGUCAGCACCAUAGAUAUGUGCGCCUACGGGUUACUAUGGAUGGACCCGGCCAAUUGGUCAGCUCUGCCGACGGACCCGACCACGGGUUCGGUCAAUGCUGAGUGGGAGAUCGAUGCGAUUUGGAAGGUGGCAGACUUCCUCCCGAAUGCGAUGAGAGCGCCAUUCUAUGUGUUUUGUUCGGAGUACCUCGUGCACUGCAUGAAGGCGAUGGAGAAGCUGAAACGAGGGAAAAGGCUUGUGACUUUGGAUGAGAAGACGCGGAAGAAGCGACGACGAGCCCAGGAGAUUCAACAGAGAGAGGACGAGAUAGCUCGUGCUACCGACGCCCAAGUCCAGGCUCGAUGUGAGCUCGACGAUCUGAUGGAUGAUGCGAGGCGAGGAAGGAGGGAGGGGAGUAACUCUGGAGACGAGGAGGAGGAGGAAGAUGCCGAUCCAGCAGCAGCAGUGAUGACAGAUCAGCAAAUCAUGGCUGAGGUGCAAGCCUAUGCUUGCAAUACCAUCCUUCCGGAACUCCGCCAGAAGUUGUAUCGGUACGUUUCCAAUGUGACCCAAGUGAUGCAGAACGAUGCAGCUUUGAUGGCCGAGCUCCGGCAUAGGAUAGUCGAGGGUGAGGAAAGUGAUGAUUCGGAAGAUGACGAAGAUUCCAUUCAAAGUGACGACGAGGACUUCGAGUUGACAAGGAAGGAGCGACUUGAGAAACGUCUCAAUCAAUUCAUGAUGAAGUGGGAGUUCCCGAUGCAAGCCGCCGCGGCGAGAGCCGCGGCCAACGAAACGAGAUCAUCAGGAUCGGCGAGAUUCUCAGAGGAUCCUGUGCUGGAAUUUGUCAAAUGCCUCACUCAUGUUAUCGGGCUUGACUCUAGCAACGCUCAAACUGCCGAUCUCGUGAACUCUAUUCGAAAUGACUUGAUCCAGCUGCUGCGCAAGAAUAUCUUCUCUGAGGAGGCUCAGUACUCUUCCCCAAUUCCCAUAGUCAGGGCGGCUACUCUCACUGAUGUGACCAUCGCAGCUACUUUGCUGGUCGUGUAG